AUGGGCGCCGACUUCUGCACUGCGGUUAAGCGCACUUGGGAAGGUCAUCCCCCUCUUGCUUCUGACGCGGUCGAUCUUCUGAUCUCUGAGUGCGAUCUUGCUGAGGGCAUCGGAGAACGAUUUCUUACGGGUGCCAGCCAAAAUCCUUUCUCUGUAUUCCCCGUAAGAGUCGAAAGCAUCUUGUCCAAUGGGGGUAGGAACAUAAAUCAUGCUACGAACGAAGACCGACUUCUCUUCCACCACUAUGUGGACCAUGUUGCGUCCAUCAUGGUGCCUUUUGAAAACCCCCAUGGGCCCUCUAAUCCCUGGAAGGUGUUUUAUCCAUCAGUCUCCAUUCGCUAUUUACUCCCCGGGGAAAAGGCUUUGUACCAUGCCAUUAUUGCCCAUUCUGCUUUCAACAUGGCCAAUUUAGGCCCUGACAAUGCUACAUCGAUGCGAUUACGCUCGGCUACGAAACACUAUAACAUGUCAAUCCAAUACGUGAACGAAAGCAUUGGGUCUGUCAAUAGGGACUCUGCAAGUACGCUUGCUGCAAUUAUGACGUUGAUGAUGGCUGAGGUAUACAGCGGCCAAUCGGAGAAAUGGAAGCAUCAUCUUCGGGGGGCAUGGGCGCUCCUCCUUGGCCCGCAUAGUUUUGAGUCCUGGGAUGAAUCUCCAUUUACACGUUUCUCGAUUCAGAGUUUACUCAUUGUGAGAAUCAUCAGUGGCACCGCUUUGGGAGGUGCUGAGAGUUGUUCGCGUGAACUUGGCUUGCAGCAUGCAUCAUCAUAUCGAAAUGUCGACACUGUACAUCCCUGUAACUCCAGAGAUCUCGCAUAUACCUCGUCGAUUUUGUCAACCCCGGAAUUUGGAUUCACCAUUGGGGCGCAAAAGUCUUUACUUGAGUGCAUAUCAUCUAUAACAGACGCCAAGCACAAAAUGCGGUCGGGCAUGACUUCCGAUGACCCUUUCGACAUUGAUCUAACUAUCUCUCGUGUGUUAAGCUGUCUGAAAGAUAUUCGCAUGCAGCUGGAAGGAAAUAAUAUCGCGGAAAUUCCAGAAAAUAGUUCCCUGACUCAGAACCUGGCGCGGUACCAGCUGAGCGCAUUCCUAUAUGCCACAUAUAUCUAUCUCUACCGAUCACUCUUGGAUGUGCGCCCACGCCGAGUUGCUAAAUAUGUGGAAUUGGUAUUCGUCAAUACUCAUGCCUUUUAUUCUGAAAGCAAGGGAAAUUUCUCUCUAUGGCCAGCGUUUAUCGCUGCAGUGGAGGCUUAUACGGAAUACGACAUUGGCUUGGCCACAGAAUGGCUUGAACAAUCCAGCAAUUUCGGGCUUGGGAACAGACGGAAAAUCAAACAAAUUGUCGAAAAUGUGUGGAUACGAAGGGACCUUCUGCAGUUGGAAACAAAUAUGGACAAGGGUCUUAUAGCAAUAGAUUGGAGGGAAAUCGGUCUCGAUACGGAUAUCCUGUUAGUUUGA